UUUUGACAGCGGUGUGAGGGUGUAAACCAAGAUGGCCACCCGCCGUGUUCCGCUCGUCUUGCUCGCCUGCGGCUCCUUUAAUCCCAUCACCAACCAGCACAUGAGGCUGUUUGAGCUGGCCAGAGACCACAUGCACAGCACAGGCCUGUACCAGGUGGUGGGUGGCAUCGUGUCUCCAGUGAGUGAUGGAUAUGGAAAGCAAGGCCUGGUACUGGCUAAGCACCGAAUUGCUAUGGCAAAGCUGGCUCUCCAGAGCUCCAACUGGGUCACUGUUGAUCAAUGGGAGAGCCAGCAGCCAGACUGGACGGAAACUGUGGUCACCAUGAGGUAUCAUUAUGGACGUAUCCUGAAGGAGUACGAGCAGAGCGCAGGAACGCACAGUGACUCCAGUGGAAACAACACUCCCCUUGCAAGCCCGUGUCCACAGUUGAAGCUCCUGUGUGGAGCUGAUUUCCUCGACACUUUCGAGGUCCCUGGCCUGUGGCUGGACGAACACGUGGAGGAGGUGGCCGGACGUUUCGGCCUCGUCUGUGUUAGUCGAGGGGGGCUUCAGCCGGAGCAAGCUGUGCACAAGUCGGACACGCUCUCACGCCACCGUCAGAACAUUUUCCUCGUGAGGGAGUGGGUGAGGAAUGAGACGAGCGCCACCGAGGUCCGCCGGGCCCUGAGACACAAUCUCAGUGUGAAAUAUCUGAUCCCAGACUCUGUGAUAGAAUAUAUUCACCAGCACAACCUCUACACGGAGGACAGCGAGAGGAGAAAUGAGGGCACAGUGCUGAGGCCGCUCAUCAAACAGGCACAACGGCCAGUGAAGAAUGUAAACGUUGCCAUCAGGAAAAUUGCCACUUUGUUGAAGCCUGACAAGGACAUCACCCAUGAGGGGGAUCACAUAAUCAUUAAAACCCUCAGCACCUUCAAAAACUACAACAUGGACUUCUAUGUGGGGAAAGAGUUUGAGGAGGAUCUGUCUGGAGUGGACGACAGGAAAUGCAUGACCACCAUCACCUGGGAGGGAGACAAGCUGGUGUGUGUGCAGAAAGGAGAGAUUGAAGGAAGAGGCUGGACCCACUGGGUGGAAGGUGAUGAGCUUCAUCUGACAGGAGGACACCCUGCACCUUCCCCCUCCGUACACCGUCUAAAGUCUACACACACAGCAGUGUCACCAGCUACCAUCAUGCCUGUAGACUUCAGUGGAAAAUGGAUACUGGAAACCAGUGACAACUUUGAGGAGUAUUUAAAAGUGUUGGAUAUUGACUUUGCCACAAGGAAAAUUGCCAUCUCCCUGUCUCAGACCAAAGUGGUCACCCAACAUGGAGACAAGUUUGAAUUCAAAACGCUGAGCACCUUCAGGAAUUAUGAGCUCGCCUUCACUGUAGGGGUCGAGUUUGAUGAGUACACCAAAGGACUAGACAACAGAAACAUCAAGUGUCUGGUGACCUGGGAGGGGGACAAGCUGGUGUGUACUCAGAAAGGAGAGAAGGCCAACCGAGGCUGGAAACACUGGAUCGAAGGAGGCAAACUGUGCCUGGAGCUGACAUGUGAAGGUAUAGUCUGUGUUCAGGUGUUCAAGAGGAAAGAAUAGAAGGCAAAUAUCUGUUUUAGUUUUCUUGGUAACAUGGUAUUUGUUUGCUCCUCACUAAACUGUUUUCCCAAAUGUAUGAAUAAAGUAAAUAAAAGUGAUUUUCAGACUAAA